AUGGAAAAUCGAACUUCACUUUCGACGGCGUCGGUCCAAACAAAGGAGCUUCACCCGGGGUCUCACAAGCGACUCACCGUCCAAGAACGGGUGCACGCUGGCAAACGGAGCAAAAAUUUGAGGAGGAUCGCCUGGACCAGUCGCCCUCGCUUAGGCAGUUACAACUAUCCCUCCCAAGCAAAAGAGCUUGCCGUGGGGCAGAAGCAGUGGGUUGCUUAUCGCACCUCGGGAGCGUUGAGCCUGAACCUUGAGCUGUGGGCGGCCGGAAUCGAACCGACAUUUUCACGGAUCCGGGGGAUCCACAACGAGAUUUCCUAA